AUGCUGGUGCGAGAUUGCCGUGGUGACCGAGCUAAACGAUCGUCUCGUGGUCUGCGUGCCGGGUGCUGUUUGGCAUCGGCGGGCGCAAGGGCGAGUGUUGGGGCGGUCUGCCCUGUCCAAAGCCACAGCUGUGGACGUCGGAGCCUGUUUGGCCGAAGCAAGGGAAGAGCUGGUGCCCAACGCCCUGCGCGCAUGGAUCGGGCUCUUGCAUCCAACCUUCGAGGGGGGAGUCGCCUUUUCUUCUACCAGCCAAGCCGACUAUGCGUUUGGGGUCGACAGUCAUGGACAGGCUCUCCUUCCACACGCCGGGUCUUUAGCUGCCGCUGCGGCCGAGCUCUUUCAGUUCGAGACGGCAGAGUCGGGAGGACCAGAUGCACAAGGCGAGCUCGGGGUCGGGUUCAAGCGCUGGAGGCGGCGAUGGCCCGCAUCGGCUCCGGCAUGAAGGCGCUCCUUGCGCGACAGGGCAUUUCAGAAGAGGGCUUGGCAGAGGAAGAACCGAGACAGCGCGAGGCGAAACCAAAGCCUCGCGCCCGCCAAAGGAAGCCGGAGGUGGAUGCGGGUCUGGGAGGAGGAGAUGGUGUGCUCGUUGGCUCCUUCCCUCACUUGGACCCGGGUGUGGCAGCUGCAGCGCUGGCAGCAGGUGUCAGCUCGGCUGCCUUACAGGAGAUGGACAGGCUGGUGAUGGGCGAGUCGACAGCAAAGAUGCCGAAGUCCAGGGCCGCCCCUCCACGGACUGGGCCUCUCUCCGAAACCGAGGGCGAGGACGAGGCAGGGCACCGCAAGGCAGUGACUGCCACCUCCCCGGAGCGAGCUGUGACAUCGACCGACCCUGUGGGGGAUGCCAUCUCCAGACUCACGACAGCAGUGGAGCUGCUCGCCUCCGACAAGGUGAAAAAGAAAGCUGUGCAUCCCCUCGAUUCCUUGUUCGAAUCCGGCUCUCAAGAUGCCGCUGCAGGCCCGAGCUUGAGGCGGAACGCUGCAGCACGGAAAGCUCUUCGCGAAGCUCUCACAGAGAAUCCGGCCCUCAUAUCGAAGACGAUAGAAUCUCUGAUGUUAGAAGAUCUUUUGGUGCAGACUGGGGCCCCAGGAGUGCCUACUGCCACCUCUGCACGCGGCUGGUUGGAGUUCAGAAGCAGAAUUGGCCCCUUUCCCGGAGUUGUAAAGACAGCCUGGGGAGUUGCGGGGGCAUUGGACGCGGCCCGGCUUGGCCGUUUCGAGGAGUGCAAGGCGAGGCUGUAUGUGCUUCUUCUUAUGAUCGAUCAGGCCGCCGCAGACCGCGGCUCAUACACACUAGCAUCAGAACUGUCCUUAGAGCCUCCAGCCCCUUUACACUCUUUUCGACUGCACGAGCAUCGCGAUCAAGAGCAACCCUUCUCUCGACUCUUGGACGCCCGCUGGGCGGAAGUUGCGAUCCAUCAUCUGCGGGAUCAAGCAGACUUUAUGGAGAAACGAGCAAAGCUGAACCAGCCCAGGAAAGGGGCCCAAAGCCAAGAGGAGGACGAGAGACGCGAAGCUCCCAAAGCCAAAGCCAAGCAAAAGGGCGGGCGGAAGAAACAGCUGGAGGAGUGA